CUGAUUUCCAUUUCAAUUCCUACCUUUCUUUCUUUCAACUUCUCUCUCUAUCUCUCUCUCUCUCUCUCUGUCUUCUCCAAUCUUCUUCCGUAAUCACCCAUCACCCACUUCUCUUCUAAUCUAUAUGUCUCUUUGUGAAAGUCUUUUCCUUUCCUUUUUUUGAUUUCAACAUGUAGACUCUUUUAGUUUGUUUUUUUUUGUUUUUUCAUCUUUCAAGUUUCAACGUUGUCUUAGUGCUUUGUUUUUCUUUCAAUUCUUCAUCGUCUUAGGUAAAGAGUUUACACAAAAGCAUGGCGUUUUCUAUUGAGGGCUUCUCGAUCCGAGAGUACACUGCGAAGAUGAGGACCGUUGACGUGGUCAAGUGCUGGCCUUUCGCCAAAAGCUCAGAGAUUAACGUUGGUGAUGGUGGUGACGAAGAUAAAGAUAAAAGCAAAGAAGAUAUCAAGGCCUCGCUUCCUCCUAUCACUGUCGCCAAGUUUCGCUGGUGGUCCCAUGAGCUUCAAAGUGUUAAAUCCAAUCACCAGUUAGCGAGGAUUCAAGGAGAACAAGAUGGAUUUCCAACGAAAGAGAGUGAAUUUGGUGAGGAAAGCUCGGAGAAAGCAGUGUCAGAAGUGGCUGAGGAGAAAUUGGAGAUGGUUUGCCCGGUUUGCCGUGUGUUUACUGCGGCAACUGUGAAUGCUGUGAAUGCCCAUAUAGAUAGUUGCCUUGCACAGGCUUCGAAAGAAGAGCGUCGCCAAAUGAGGAAGGCUAAAGCUCCUAAGAAGAGGUCCAUUGCUGAGAUUUUUGCUGUAGCGCCUCAGAUCGAAGCAGUGGAUGUUGAUGAUGAUGAUGAUGAAGAAGAUAGUAGUGGUGGAGAGGUCAAGGUAGGUAGUUUUCAGUUUUCAGCUGGGGAUUAUGUUGUUUCAACGUUUAAGGGAAAGAAGAAAAUGAUGAAGAAGAAGAAGAAGAACAAGAAGAAGAAGAAUAGGAAGAUAAAGAAAAGGGUUUUGGAAGAGAAUGGUGUGGCAAUUGAGAGCAGGUUGAAGAAGAACAAGAGAAAGUUGACGAAGAAGAAAAAUAAGAAGGCUUUGAAAGAUGGGUCAAUUGCAACCAAGGAGAAUCUACUCGAGCUCAAACUCCAUCCUCCAGUCGAGUCAACUGGAAAACUGAAAGGUUCAUUGUGUAAUAAGAGGUUUCGAGAGGGCAUUUUGGAUGCUUCUGCUGCCAUCCAAGGAAAGAAACCAAGUCUGAAAUGCUUAUCUACACAAAAGAAGCUGAAAGUUGUUCAGACAUCCAAAUUGAUUGCAAAGCAGCAUAAGCCAGUGAUUCCUGUUCGCAGCAUUCUCAAAAGCCAUAAAAAGGUUGUUUCAGAGCUUAAUCCUGAAAUUUACAACUUGCAUUGUGGUAGUCUAGUGAAUCAUUCUGCUAUCCAACGGUCUGAUAGGCAUGUUAGGUUCUCAGACAAGGAUGACAUACUUGGUCCAAGGAAGAAGAAUCUUUCAGAUGCCUCUGAGCACAGCAUUGGCAACCUAUUUUCAGAUUCUUUUUCUGCUUCACCAGGGAAGGACCAGUCCACUGAAUGUGAUAAAGAAGUAGCCACUAUGGAGAUAGAUGGAACUGAUGAUGAUGAUGUUUUCAUUAGUACAGAUAACAGAACUGAGCCUCAACCUAUAGCAGGGAAGAAACAGUUGCUCAAUACUCAUGAUCAUGAUGAUAACGCAUGUUUUUUGAGGCCAGAUAUUACUUGUCAAGACAAAAUAAAUCAUUUUCCAGAGAAAUCAGUGACUCUGAGUCAAAUUGCAAUUCAUGAAGAUAAUAUGCACAUGUUUGAUCAAGGUCAUUCGACUGUGUCACAUAAACCUGCAUAUGCUGGCAAUCCUAGACUCAUUUCUGCACUGGAAGAAAGGCAUAAUCCUCAUGUAAAUGCUCAAGUAGGUGGUAAUGUUAUCAGAGCUUUCAAUGAUAGUGGAAAAUCGAUUGAUCAUUUUGCAGAUUCUAUCCAUGGAGCUGCUGCAAUGAAUUCUUUGGAAAAUACACGGGCUUCUUCACAGCCUUCAUCAUCUUGCUUUGUUUUAGAUGAAAAUGCAAACAGGACACUUCCAUUUGUGUCACAAUCUGCUACAGAGAAUUAUAAUGGAUGUACUCUCAAUUACAGACCAUUUUGUCAUGUGUCUCCAACAGAGUUGAUGAGUAGCAUCUAUCCAUUUCCAGAGUGGAAGCAUAGAGCAGUUUCGUAUAAAGAAAAGUCCAUGGAUGAAGGAUUUUUUGGCUUGCCUCUCAAUUCACAAGGUGAGUUAAUACAGUUUAGCUCAAGUGGGAGAGGUGGCUUGGACCAGCUGAGGCUACCCAGUACAAUAACUGGUUCUUCCAGUUGCUUACCUGUGCACAAUCUUGUCCUGCCACAAAGUUCUGGGGAUUAUUUUAGUGUGAAGAAGAGGCAUUUUGUUGAGAGAGAACAUCCAAAAGAUUCAUUAAACUUGUUUCCUUCGCAGAAUUAUGUUACAGAGAUCCCUAAAGGACAUUUACCAGCUAGGUUAGGUGUCACUGAAUUAGAAGGUGCCGGAAGAUCAGAUGUUCGCUGGCUUAAUUCUGAGAGGGGGAACAACCACUCUGUCCACCUGCUUGAUUCAAACCUGAACCUGUCUGAUGUUUCUUUCAAAGGAUGCUGGCAAUAUAAUCAGGUGCAGAACCAAAAUGCUAAUGGGAUUAUUCAUCAUAAGGAAAAUUCAGAUAAAAUCUUGCGAAAUUCUACCCAACCAACAAUGCGGCUGAUGGGAAAAGAUGUAGCAGUUGGUAGAAGUAGUAAAGAGAUUCAAGGAUUUGAGGAUGGGAAGGUGUGGACUGAUAAGGAAAUCAUCACAGAAGAUUGUCGUGCACAUGCUUCCCUGGAAAAAUCAUUUAUGGAGAGAAAUUUUCUGCAGGACUGGAUGUUACACCCUGCAUCAGGAAAAUCGAAGGACGCUCAGUCAUUAGAAAUUCAAUGCAAUCACGCUUCACAGAGCAAUUUACUGAUGAAAGCUCCAGAACCUAGUUUUUCUAACCCAUUCCUCAAUUGGCAAUCUAAUGUGGUUCAUCGAAAUGGCAGCCUUACCAUCAAUGAAAACCGUAGUAAUGAAGUACAUUCCUUUGUUCAUUCACCUGCUUCAUCAGCAAUGUUUAGUGGUGCACCCGGCUUCCAGGAGCCCUUUAUGUCUGAAGCUGAAACUCUAAGAGUCAAUUCUCAGUUACCACUAAUAUCUACCCAUCACAUUAACUGUCAGCAUAUGCCUUGGAGUCCUGUUGAACUCAAUCACAAACAGAGUCUACCUCAUGCUACAAAAUCAGCCUUCAACUUUCCUUUCUUGCACCCAGAUUGUAGAGAAAAUGUCCAACCCUCUUGGUUUCAGGGAUCCUCAACGAGCCUGCCCCCAUGGUUAUUGCAUGCGCAACAGGAUAAACCACUAAUUACCUCCCCUCAACCUUUUUCUGAUGUGGGUGGUAAAUACUUUCCCCAGCUUACGUCUGGAACUAAUUUUUUUCCUACCCCACCUGUGCAUCAUUUACCAGAAGUUUCUUAUCAUUACAAUCCCAUAAACUCUUACUCACACAUGAGGAAUUCACUUGGUACAGCAUCUAUGUUUCACCCUCCACUUGUUUCUGGAGUUAAUUCAACUUCUUCUGUCAACAUGGGCUACAGGAACAGAAUCAAGUUCAAAGAUACAGUGAAGUCGAAAGCUUUUUCUAUCAAAGACCCUCUUCCUUGCAAGAAAACCAAGAGGCCGGCAGCUAAAGUAGAUCAUUCAACAAAGCCCACCAGGGUACCUAAUUUAGAAAUGCCAAAAGAUUUAAGUUCUGUGACAGGGUUGACAAGAGAAAACUUUAGUGGGGACAUUCAAGGUAAUGCAGGAGUAGUUGAACUCAACCGAAGCAAGGAUAAAGCAAUCAGGGUAUCAUUUUGCCCACAUGAGAAUGAAAAUGACGGGCUUGGAACUUCAUCUGGCACUGAUCCUUCCAAAGUGGAUAAUGCCGCAAGAUUAGGUCCUGUUAAACUAAGUGCUGGAGCAAAACACAUCCUGAAGCCUAGUCAAGCUAUGGAUCAAGAUAACUCUAGGCUAAUCCAUUCAACUAUCCCUUUUGCUAUGCCAACAGAUUGUGGUAGUGUGCCAGAGUCUCAGAAGAAAUUAACAAAAAUUUACAAGUUCUAGAAGAUUGCCUCCGAGUCAAAGAUACAAGGUUGCUAGAUCUUCAUGUUUGACUACUUUUGGGUUGCUAAAUUCAAAGGACAUAUAGUAUUUUCAGGUUCAGGCAUUUGCAUGUGCAGCACUAGCUCCAAUGGGGGGUUGAAUGAUGUAACCAUGGUUUGGAAUCCACUUACAAAAGAUCAGCUGCUAGAUUAUGCUUUUGAUAUAUGCUUUUUAAUCGGUUGUUCUCCAGGUGUCAUCUAUAUCGUGGUUUUGAUACUUCUCUAAUGAAUUAUUAUGUAAUCUGGAGGACUUAUUUUAUUUUAUUUUAUAAAAUUGUCAUUCUGUUGCUGAAAAUGUUGGUGUGAUAAUUAUUUCUUGAACGUUGAAUUUGUGGGAUGUUAAUUUUGUGAAAGUUCUUAUACAGUUUUCAGUAAUUAGUAAGAUGGGUUUUUUUUCCUCAA